AUGAACGAGCUUAUGGACGCUGUUUUUUUCUCGAUAGCACCUGUCACACGAGCUUACAUCAUUUCUGUAGUUGGGGUAUUUGUGUUGAUUAAAGCAAAUGUGGUUCACAUCUCAUCACUUGUUUUCGAUGCAUCAGCGAUUCUCGAUGGAGAGGUUUGGCGACUUGUCACUUCUUUCUUGGUCCUUUCAGAGAACUUUGACUUAUACUUCAUUUUCAACGUCCUCUUUACAAUGCAAGUUUCUGACGCGCUCGAGCAAACCUGUAGAAAUUGGUUACAUUACCUUUGGAUGAUCUUUUUGGGGGGAUUUGCCAUAAUAUGUUGUUCUCUCUUUGUUUACUUUGUUGGCUACGUUCCUGCCCAACUUCCACUAUUGUACAGCUCCCUCAAAUUCUUUCUUGUUUACGUCUGGAGUAAGCGCAACAGAGACCAGAAUGUUGGUAUGAUGCUUUUUGUUGUUGUUAAACUUGUAUAUUUUCCUUGGAUUCUAUUGUUAUUGGACACAUUGUUGUUCCACGAUGGGAUGGAUGACAUCUAUGGAAUUGUCUUUGGCCAUAUCUUUUAUUGGUUUGAGGAUGUCUUUCCAAUGUAUUACAACUGGAGGCCUCUUGAACUACCAAAGUUUGUUAACAACAUCUUCUUCCAACAAGUCGAGUUGAACGACGAACCCGUUGAGAUGGUGGAAGAGCACAUCGACUGA